AUGAUGAACUUUACUGGCCAAACAAAUAGGAGAACAGUUAAUAUGGGGUCGAGGGUGCCCAGAAAGACAAAAGACACUAUUCUAAGGAAUGCGGAACUUGAAAGAAUUCGGAGGCAAAGGGAGAAAGCAGAAAUGGUUGCAAUAUUAACCAUUCAGAGACAUAUGAGGAAAAGGAUCUCAAAUAAAACCACUUAUCAUUCUUUAAUAAAGAGAAACGAUAACGAUGGUAUGAUGACUGCAUUUUUGAAAGUUUUCGCUAAAAGACUUUACUCUUACCUUGAACCUGAUGACUUUAUUUACCUGGUUAAAGCUACAAACAACCAAGCAAGUGUACUACCAGUAUUGAGUGAUAUUUUGGGUGAUGUUGCAGCUCGUAAAAGUUCCCAAGAACUAGAUGAACUUUUAAUUCUGUCGGUAAAACCACUUGAUAUUCCAAACGCCUCUGAACAUCACAUAAAUAACAAAAUAAAAUUCAUUCAGAAUUGCUCAUACGAACUCUCGGAUAGACAAGUCAUAGAUAUACUGACUCCUUACUCAAAUUAUAAAGAAUAUGAUCUUUACUGGAAUGACCUCUACUUCAUUGAAAAGGGUACUGUACUAAUUGUGCGUAAUUAUGAGUUGUUUGUUAAUACCCUUUUUUCAUCAGAGUAUAACGCUCAUAUAGAAAGUGUGCUAGAGCGUCACAAACAGAAUCUGAGCAACUUUCUCAUCAACUUCCUAAAUGCAUUUGAAAGCAUUAACGCCAACCAUAGACGUAUGUUGACAUUAAUAUUUAUGACAAUUUGUUCUGAAAUGAUAGAACCUUUGAAUGAAAUUUCUUCUUUAAUCACCGAUAGUUUUCAAACUGAUCUUCUAAAGUGCUUUGAGUGGCUAGAAGAUAAGGCACAUAUGUAUUGGAAAGGAUUACACUAUUUGGUAUCACAAAUGUCGUCAAUGCAGCGUAAUUCUGUUUUCAUGUUACUUUUGACAGAUUCCCAUAUAAGAAAUCAUUUGAUUGAUUUAAUCUGUGACCAUUUUUCAGACGCCAGUAUGGAGGCAUUUUCCAUUUUCGCACAGACUUUAAACUUUUACAUUCCCUUAUCACCAGAUGAUCAUCUAUUCCAGACAGUUAUUUCAAGAGAACGUCUACAGAGCGUUUCUAUCAACAUAGCUCAAUUUUUGGUAUCUGACAUUUUAAGUUCUGGAACAUUUAUUCCACUACAAGAACUUGAAACCUUUAUUGAACUUAUGUGGAAUCUUAUCUAUUUAGACUCACGGGCGAAAUUCCUUAACGAAGGUACAAGUACAUUUUGGGGACUAGUUCCUGAAGAAAUUCACAAUCUAAAUAUUAGGAAAGAGAUCCUUGAAUUUGAACAAUACUAUCGAGAUUUUCUGAAGAACAUUGAGGAAAUGGAUUUAAACGAAGACGAAUUAUUUGAUAGAAAGAAAAUGAUGGAUCAAACUAUCAAAAAACAGUACUUAGAUGAUUUAAGAUACAAAAGAAGGGGCGCCUCAAACAAAGUUAAGAAACUUGAGUUAUUAUUCAGAUUUCCCUUCAUGCUCAAAUUUUUUGAGCGGGUUGACUACUUUAAUGAUUUGAUAGAAGCAGACAAAGAAAGAAUCUACAAUAAAAAUAAUUUCUUUGGUAUAUUCCCAGGGGAAAAUAGAUUAAGAGCUACAAUUAGAAGGGAUCAUGCAUUGGAAGAUGCAUACAAUGCCUAUGGAUCAAUAGGAGAGGGGUUUAAAGAAAAAUUAAGCAUUCAAUUUAUAAACGAAUUUGGUCCUGAAGCUGGGAUAGAUGGUGGCGGUAUCACAAAAGAAUUUCUCCAGACUUUGAUACAAGAGGCGUUUAUAAAAGGUUCUUUUGGACUAUUCGAAGUCACUUCAUUCCAUAAACUUUAUCCUUCCAAAGAUGUGUCUCCACAAAAUCUUAAAUACAUAUCGUUCAUGGGGAAGGUGCUCGGAAAGUGCUUAUAUGAGAAUAUUCUUGUCGAUGUCGAAUUUGCGGAUUUCUUCUUGAAAAAAAUCCUUAAUGUUGAGAAUAAUAUGAAUGUUCCUUUCAAUGACCUAUACUCCUUAGAUCCUGAAUAUUAUAAGAAUUUAAUGAAGCUCUUAGAAAUGUCAGAAGAUGAGUUAAAUUAUAUGGAUUUAUAUUUUGAAGUACCCGACAUGCCAAAUGGUAGACGUAUUCCUUUAAUCAAGGACGGACUUUCGGUUAAAGUAACGCAGAAGAACGUAUUUGAAUACAUCACAAGAAUUUCACACUACAAAUUGAACCUACAGUUAUAUACCGUGACGAGCAGGUUCAUUUCGGGCCUCUCGUACAUGAUUCCCCCACAUUGGCUACGUAUGUUCACUUCGUAUGAGUUGAAGACGCUAAUCAGUGGCUCAGAGAAAGAUUUCGAUCUUGAAGACUUACGCAAGAAUACAGAAUAUGGCGGAUUCACUGAUGAUAGUAUUACCAUACAGCACUUUUGGAUGGCUUUGAGUAGCUUCACCCCAGAAGAAAGAAGAAAGUUUCUGAAGUUCGUAUUUUCUGUUCCAACAGCUCCAUUGAAGGGAUUUCACUCUUUAAAUCCACUUUUUGGAAUAAGAAAUGCUGGGGACGAAACGAAUAGACUUCCAACAGCAUCAACAUGUAUCAAUCUCCUAAAGCUCCCAGAUUAUAAAGAUUACAAUACUCUCAGGGAGAAAUUACUAACGGCUAUUAAUUCAGACUCCAGAUUUGAACUAUCUUAG